AGCAUAAUUACAAAAUCCAUAAUAAUGAACACAUGAAAACCUGUAGUGCAAAAGAAUCAUAUUAAUGGCAGUUUCAGAAUUUCACAUUCAAAUUCUCCACCCAAAUAGGAAUUAGUACAACUAAUAAUAGCGUUCUUUUUGUUUUUCCUGCAUUUCACUAAUACCGAGGAGCAUAGAAACACUCACCAACUGGAUUACAAUCAUACUAUUGACACUCCGAAACGCCAACACAUUCAAGAAACGCCCAUCAAUUCUCAUCUCCACGUGUCACCCUCCUUCUUCUACAGUCGUACACCUGUUCUCUCUGUAUAUACAUUCUCAUUGUCGUUUCAAGAGUUUCUGAUCUGCGUUUUGUGUUUGUGGUUUGGUUGGUUGUGAUGAUCAUAAUUCAUAGCCACCCAAUUGAUUUGGUGUUGAAAAGGUGUCAUCUUUGGUGUUCCUGAGAAUUACUAGAUGGAAAAGAUGCAAGCUUUUGAUGUUAUUUAGUCUGGUUUAUUGAAGGGUUUUUUUCUUUUUCUUUUUCUUUUUUUUGAUUUCGAUUUUGGUGUGAAUCCGUUUCGGAAACGUUUCAGACAUUUAACGUUUUGGACAUGAAGUUUUAUUUUUUAUAUAGAAAAUUUUAAAAUAACAUUGUUUUGUUUUAGUGUGUCUGUGUCCGAGUGUCACGUUUCCCGUGUCCGUGUGCGUUCUACCUAAGAAGGAGGUGAGUGGGAUUUGAAAUGAAUGAUGAGAUUGUUUUUGAGAUGUGUGUGGUGGUUCCAAGAUGUGAUGGUGAGAAAAUAGAUGAGAGUUGUGAUUGUGUUGAGGUUCUUGUAAAUGAAUUGAAGAGUGUUGGAUUUGUAGUUGAUAGAGCUCUUGGUCUAACUGAUGAGUUUAUUAAGUUAGCUGCUCCUUUGGAGACACUGGGGAAGGCUGCAGCUGAGUUGCAAAUGAAGAAGCCUACUCAUAUUGGAAUGGAUCUGCAAUUUGAAUGGGAGGAGGUCAAAGCAUUUGCGAGACAACCAGAUGGGUCGCUGUUUAGCUGGUGUGAACGUUUUGAAUGCUACACUCAUUUGCUCUAUGGAAUUGUCAAUGAGAGCAAGCUAAGUUUACCUUUAAAAUGGGAUAGCAAGGAGUGUGUAUGGGAAGUUGGGGAAUCUUUGUUGCGGAGGUUGGAAUAUGAGGGCAUUGUUAAACGGGUUUUUCCUUUACAUGUUGAAAUUCAGAGAAAGAAUCUUCAAAGAAGUUGGGUUCUGAACUGGCGGAACUUCACAAACCAGCCAAUUGAUGACAUCUAUUCAUAUUUUGGGCUGAAGAUUGCCAUCUAUUUUGCAUUUCUUCGCAUGUAUACACGCUGGUUGCUCUUUCCAGCUGCUUAUGGGCUUGUCGUGCAGGUGGUUGACUUUGGAUCGUUGCAGUUCCUAGUUCUUCCAAUAUUCUUCAUAAGCAUAAUAUUAUGGGCAGUGUUGUUUUUCCAGUUCUGGAAACGUAAAAACUCUGCCCUUUUGGCUAGAUGGCAGAUACAUUAUUCAGCAGCUGGCCAAGGAUGUAAAUUUUUAGGCAUGGAAUGGAGUUCCUUACAGUCACCUCUAGAACUUGUAAAGAAUUUGGGGAGCGAUAAAACAAAAGAGAAGGAGACAUUUCAAAGAUGUGAAUGGUUUGGGUACCUCAUGCAGUUUAGAAAUAAUACUAUCAUUAUCUCAAGUAUUAUCUGCCUCCAAUUGCCGUUUGAGUUGGCCUAUGCUCAUCUUUAUGAGGUCAUGGAUUCAGACAUGAUGAAGUUUGUGUUGACGACUGUUUAUCUUGUUCUCAUUCAGUAUAUUACGAAGUUUGGGGGCAAGAUAUCGAUGAAGCUCAUAGAAUGUGAGAACGAUGAAAACACAGAAAAUCAGGCUGACAGCUUGGUCUACAAAGUUUUUGGCCUUUAUUUUAUGCAGUCAUAUAUCGGAGUUUUCUAUCAUGCCCUUCUGCAUCGCAACUUCCAGACCCUUCGCCAGGUUUUAAUUCAGCGUCUGAUUGUAAGCCAGGUGCUGGAGAAUCUGUUAGAGAAUUCACUACCCUAUCUCAAAUACAGUUAUAAGAAAUAUAAGGCUGUUAGAAAUAAGAAAAAACAGGUAAAAGGACAAUCAAAUGGGAAGAUUCAGGUCAAUUCUAAGGUGGAGAAAGAAUACUUAAAACCUUCAUAUUCUGCAAGUAUCGGUGAAGAUCUAGAAGAUGGCCUUUUUGAUGAUUUUCUGCAGUUAACGUUGCAGUUUGGAAUGGUCAUGAUGUUUGCUUGUGCAUUUCCCCUUGCAUUUGCCUUUGCUGCCGUGAACAGCUUCACAGAAAUUAGAACAGUUGCAUUGAAGCUGCUAACCAUGUUGAAAAGACCAGUUCCUCGUGCUGCUCCCUCCAUUGGAGCUUGGCUAAACAUAUUUCAGUUUCUUAUAGUGAUGUCAAUCUGCACCAACUCCGCUCUUUUAGUAUGUUUAUACGAUCAAGAGGGAAAAUGGAAAAUAGAGCCCGGGCUUGCUGCGAUUCUCAUCUUGGAGCAUGUCCUUCUGCUCGUUAAAUUUGGUUUAUCGCGCUUUCUUCCUGAGGAGCCUGCUUGGGUAAAAGCCAACAGGGUGAAGAAUGCGAAGCAAGCACAAGGUAUGUAUUCGAAACAGCUUUUGAGAAGCAUUUCCUUGAGAGAAAAGGCAUUUGGACUUAUGAAGACCGAGUGAGAAUUCAAGUACAAAGAUGUGCAAGCGCUUUAUGCGUCAAGCAUUGAUGGGAGAAUGUUGAUGAGGUGAAGAAAUUUUGAAAUUGGCAUUGCGGUUGUUUCUGAGAAUGUUGAUACGUUGAAGAAAUUUUGACGGUAACUAUGUGUUUUUUAGCAGUUCUGUGAGCAUUGGUAUAGACUACUGGAUUUUGCAACAAUAGUGAAUACAGUUAUAAAUAUGCAGUGUAGAUAUGAUUGACAUGGAAAUUUCCAUUUGGUAGCUCUCUCAGCAUGCUGAACCAAGGUCAUCUAACCAUUUGCUGAGCUGAAAUUAUUAUGGAACUAUGAUCUAAAGGUCUAUAGGCUAAUAAUAUGUUUGGAUUACUUUUUACUUUUUUAUUUUUAUCAAAAGUUAAACUAUAUUGAGAUAAACAUCGAAGUAUAUUGUAAAUCAGUUGAUAGAUUGAAUUAUGCCGAACAA